UAAUUACUACUUCUUCCCUCUUUCUGUUUCUUUAACCUAUCCUAUAGAUAAGCGAUCUUCAACCUUGACUGGUUAAUUAGACAUCCUUUUGCUUCUUGUUCCUAUGUUGAAAAGAUGAGUGCUGCUGCUGCUGCUGCUGCUGCCGCUGUCGAAGAACGCUUUGGAAUUGGAUGCAACCCUCAAAGGAAAUACAAGGGAGUGCGUCGUCGAAGAUGGGGUAAAUGGGUGUCUGAAAUCCGAGUCCUGGGCACACAGGAACGCCUUUGGUUAGGCUCUUAUUCCACCCCGGAGGGCGCUGCCAUUGUCCGUGAUAUUGCUUUCUAUUGUCUGCGUCGACCAUCUUCCUUAAGUGCUCUCAACUUUCCAUCCAUGUUACCUCCAAAUGUCAAUGCAAACAUGUCUCCCCGGUCUAUACAGAAAGCAGCAUUGGAUGCUGGCAUGGCAGUCGAUGCCCAGAUGAUCGUGAGCAGUCCCAUCGACAACAGUGUAAUUAUGGGCAUGGAGACAGAGUCCUGGGAGAACGAUAGCAGUAGGGGCUCGAGGGAAGGAAGUGUGGGAAAAGAAGGGGGAGCUUUUAGCAUUUCAGUUGAAGACUAUCUCUAAAUAGAAUGGCAUUAAUUUUACAUGCAUAUGACUCUGUAUAAACAAAUACUGCUGAUUUGCUCGGAAGAUAGUUAUUUUUUAGUUUAGAAAAUUCCUCCUGUUUUUGGAACUGCAAGUGGGUUUGGGUGAUUGCGCAUUCUAUGAUUCGUCAAUUUAACGUUAUGAAACCUUUGGAAUUCAAAUCCAAUUCAUCAGUUGACUCUCUGCAACUUUUGACUAAACAA